AACUCUCUCCCUCUCUCUCUUUCUGCUCCAUUUCUCUCACUUUCUUCACAUCUCUGAGCUCUUCUUUACGCAUCUACUAUGGCGUCGUCGAUGAUGCAACCGCAGAUCAUACUGCUAAAGGAAGGGACGGACACAUCUCAGGGUAAAGCGCAACUAGUAAGCAACAUCAACGCUUGCACGGCUGUUGGAGAUGUGGUUCGGACCACGCUUGGGCCACGAGGGAUGGACAAACUCAUUCACGACGAUAAAGGAUCUGUAACCAUUUCCAACGAUGGUGCUACCAUCAUGAAGCUCCUCGAUAUUGUUCAUCCUGCUGCUAAGAUCCUCGUCGAUAUCGCCAAAUCCCAAGACUCUGAGGUGGGUGAUGGGACAACUACAGUUGUUCUUCUUGCAGCAGAGUUUUUGAAGGAAGCUAAGCCAUUUAUUGAGGAUGGUGUUCACUCUCAGAAUCUUAUUAGGAGUUACCGCACUGCAAGCACUUUGGCAAUUGCGAAGGUUAAAGAACUCGCUGUUAGCAUUGAGGGGAAGAAUGUAGAGGAAAAGAAAGGUUUGUUGGCUAAAUGUGCUGCUACUACUCUUUCAUCAAAGCUUAUCGGUGGAGAAAAGGAGUUCUUUGCUACAAUGGUUGUUGAUGCUGUUAUGGCGAUUGGGAAUGACGACAGACUAAAUCUGAUUGGGAUCAAGAAGGUUCCUGGUGGCAAUAUGCGAGACUCUUUCCUCGUUGAUGGUGUAGCAUUCAAAAAGACAUUCUCGUAUGCGGGUUUUGAGCAACAGCCAAAAAAAUUUCUUAACCCCAAAAUUCUCUUGCUUAACAUCGAAUUGGAGUUGAAAUCUGAGAAGGAAAACGCUGAAAUUAGGCUGUCAGAUCCAUCGCAGUACCAGUCAAUAGUUGAUGCAGAAUGGAAUAUCAUUUAUGACAAGCUAGACAAAUGUGUUGAGAGUGGAGCAAAAGUUGUUCUUUCUAGAUUGGCUAUCGGAGAUCUAGCUACUCAGUAUUUUGCGGAUCGUGAUAUUUUCUGUGCUGGUCGUGUGGCAGAGGAAGAUCUUAACCGUGUGGCUGCUGCAGCUGGCGGAACAGUUCAGACAAGUGUUAACAACAUAAUAGAUGAGGUUCUUGGAACUUGUGAGAUUUUUGAGGAAAAACAAGUUGGUGGGGAGAGGUUUAAUAUAUUCAGUGGUUGCCCUUCAGGACGUACAGCAACUAUUGUUCUCCGUGGUGGAGCUGAUCAGUUCAUCGAAGAAGCUGAGCGGAGUUUACAUGAUGCGAUUAUGAUUGUGAGAAGAGCUGUGAAGAACUCAACUGUUGUUCCUGGAGGUGGAGCUAUAGAUAUGGAGAUAAGCAAGUACCUGAGGCAGCAUUCAAGAACAAUUGCUGGGAAGUCACAGCUUUUCAUCAACUCUUAUGCGAAGGCUCUGGAGGUUAUUCCACGACAGUUAUGUGACAAUGCUGGAUUUGAUGCAACUGAUGUCUUGAAUAAACUUAGACAAAAACACGCCAUGCAAAGCGGUGAAGGAGCUUCGUAUGGAGUGGACAUUAACACUGGUGGCAUAUCAGAUUCUUUUGCUAACUUCGUUUGGGAACCAGCAGUUGUGAAGAUCAACGCAAUAAAUGCUGCGACUGAAGCGGCUUGCCUCAUUCUUAGUGUGGACGAAACUGUGAAGAACCCUAAAUCUGAGAGCGCACAGGGAGACGCCGCAGGUGCAAUGGGGAGAGGGCGCGGUGGAGGUCGUGGCCGUGGAAUGCGAAGGCGAUAGGCUCUGUCUCUUAUAUGCUAAACUUGUGGGAUUCUUCUCUAAAUUUCGAUUUUGUUGAAUUUUUGUUUUGAAGUUAAAAAAGCUAUUAUUGGGUUUGUGUUGUUCAAUUAGAAUACUGGUUGGUUAUGUAUGUCUAUACAAUCUGUGAAACAGAAGUUUUAGCGUGUUUUUGGUUAAGGAAUUUACAUUUGCUUAAUCAAAUCUUGACAAGGAU